CUUUUCUCGGCUUGUGCAUCAGCGACGACCACACCCCAAUACAACAGCAACCAGACACACACACACACACACACACGCGCACACACACACACACACACGCAGACGCAGGCUGCCACGAUGACGUCGCAGUUUGAUGAGUUCCGGAGGAUGUUCACCUCCGUGUUUACGCUGGCGGAGGCAAAGGAGUUCAACACCCGCCUCCUGCAGUUCGUCACAGAUCAGCGGGUCCGGCCCUUCAUUCGCUGCCUCCGCGAUAUGUGCGACACCGCAGACAAGGAGAAGCUUGUGCCCGUCAUCACCAGCAUCCUCCCUCACAACAUGCAGAUGUCUUUCUCAAACGCAUGGAUGCUCGCCAAGGAAGGCAAGCUGUCCGACGACACGGAGGCGCAAGUUGGACUCUCCCCGAAGGACGUGCGAUCGAGCUACGACGUGCUGUAUCUUGGCAGUGGUGGCCUGCCACAUGUUCCAGAGCAGCACAAUCCCAUUGAUGUGCAGCUGCUCAACUCCGUGUUGCAGGCGCUCUUGGAGGGCGAUGCCGCCGCACAACCAGCUCGCAUGCACAUUACAUCAGACAGCAUCCGCGUUGUGGAUGACGCGUGUGACGACGUGCUGAACCAGCUCACCCUCGACUACAUCGUGUACUGCCAUCCAAUGGGCCUCGCUACUGGCGGGCAGACGGAUGUGCUGGUUGUGGUGCAGCAGGACCCCAUCUACGAGAUUGUGGUUGCACACUUCUUCAACAUCGCCGCCAGCGAUGCUGAGACGGUGGUUGUUGCCGUGCUCGGUGAGAAUGCCGUGCUGGCGCAGGCGCGGCAGGCGUCAGCCAACCCCUUUGUUGCGCAGCACGAGCAAGGGAAGGACCACCAGCACCAACAGCACGACAUUCUCGCAGAGCACGAGCUCGACCGUGAUCGCCUGCACCACACGCGCGGGCUUGGCGCAGGGCAGUUUGGGAUGGUGUAUCUUGCCACGUUUGAUGACGACACGCUCGGCACCGUUGACGUCGCUGUGAAGAUGCUUCGCGCAGAGAGCGAGCAGAGCGACGAGCGCGAAUUCCAGCACGAGGCAGAAGUGAUGUUGCAGCUUGACCAUCCAAACAUUGUGCGCAUCCUGGGCGUGUGCAUGAACGACUCCCCCUGGCUGCUCGUGCUCGAGUACAUGCCAUAUGGAAACCUUCGAAGCUUCCUCCAGAGUUGCUUGGAGAGAAAGCUACAGUUGACAGCGCGUGAACACCUGACUUGCUGUCGCCAGCUUGCAUCUGCACUGGAAUACGUCCACGCGCAGGGGUUUGUUCACAUGGACAUUGCUGCGCGAAAUGUUCUCCUCGGACACAACAUGCUUGUCAAACUUGCAGACUUUGGACAGGCGCGACCAAAGGACAGCAACGGCGAGUUUGUCCUGCAGACGGUGAUGCGUUUGUCAGUGCGCUGGAUGGCGCCAGAAACACUCGCAAACUUCAGAAAAGUGUUUUCAGAGUGCACAGACAUUUGGGCAUACGCCGUCACGUGCUGGGAGAUCUUCAUGUACGGCCGCCUGCCGUUCAAGUCUCUGACGACAGAGGUAGCGCGCGACAUGAUCCGCGAGGGCAAGGCGCGUCUCGUAUCCCGCCCGCCAACCACGUGCCCAAAGGACAUGUGGGCGCUCCUGUCGCAGUGCUGGGACUACGACCCCUUCAAGCGGCCGACGUUCGUGCAGAUGAAGGAGGAGAUUACAGCACUUGAGCAGCAGCGCCAGCACCAGGAGUGCCGCGACCUCGGCCAGCUCCUUUCUUCCAUGUAGAGCACACGACUGGGGGCUGUAUGUGUGUUUUCGUGUGUUUGUGCAUGCGUUUUCGUGUUUGUGCAUGUGGGUGUGUGCAUGUGUGUUUUCGUGUAUUUUUGCAUGUGUGUUUUUGUGUGUUUUACCUGUGUGUUCGUGUCUGUGUCUGUGCAUGUGCGCGUGCGCGUGCGUGUGUGUUUGUGUUUGUACUGUGUUUUGUUCCGUACACCUUUGUGUGCUGUUACAUUACAGCUCCGUGUUUGGUGAUUGUCUAUCCGACCAUUUUCCACGCUGGUUUGUCGUUUCAUUCACUCGUAGUCGCAUUUUACAUGACCUGCUUUGCGUCCCCACGUUGCCCGUGCUUGCAUGCAUGCACACCCACGCCAUCUCUGCAUGAAUGGCAACCCGCUUCCCUUGCCCAACUCAAACGAAGAAAGACCCUUCUUGUGCAUUACUUUCGUGUUCAUUCAUGACCACAGAGAGGUCGCGUAUGGUAACGCAAACGUACAGCGCGAAUGGCGG